AGGCUCUACUCCAUGAUCCAGUACAGUUCCGAUCUGUGACUGGUGACUUGUUCGAGUUGGCAGAUCUACGACAACAGUCGUUUGUUCGUCAAAAUCAGUUUGGAGGAAUUGUUCGUCUUUCGAUGCAAGGACUGGGGCAGACAGGUACAAGCAUUAGGCACCUUGCCGCUUCAAAAACUGCCCGCUUGUAAUAUUUUAGCUGUUCCGGCAUUGUUGUGCUGUCACUAGGUAAAUAUGGAGUUGAAAUGCCAAUGCCUCAAUGUUACGAUAUGCGUUCAGCAAUCGACUUUCGGUCGUACCAUUGAUUUAGAAUCUCUCAGGCAGGAGAAUCAGGAUGAUCCCUUCAACGGCUGCUGCCUCAAAGAAAUGGAUCUUGACGUACCUGGAAUAUCGAUGGAACAAAGCAGUUUAGUUAGUGAACGCCUGUAUGGCGAUCUGCAGGUGUUCAAAUGUCAUGGUUGUGCAAUGGUGACACAUUGUUCACAUCAGCACAAACCUGGAAGAUUGUUAGUCAAUUCUGAAUUGCUCAGUGAUCCCUCGAAAAUCAGUGAGUUACGUCAAUCAUCGAGUUUCUCCCAGGUCUUUAGCGUGGUUCUUCCGCCAGAUUUCGACUCUAGUUUCCCUGAUGUAGUGCACUUGCAGAAGAACCUUGGUCCAUCUGCAGUUGCUCAGGCCCAACAAGUUCUAGACUCCUACGUGAUGGCUGAGGAGGCAUCAGUUCAGGCAAGGAUUCAGGCAUUUAUUGACCAGCAGAACCUGGUCUUGACAAGAAUCAAGCAAAAGGCUCAACAAGAUCUGCGCAGCUUGUACAACGUUAUGUCCAGCAUUCCAGCUACGCAGCACAGGGAAUCCAAAACUGAGGCGGUGUCGACCAAAUAUACCGUGAGUGCGGAUAGGCCAGAGAAUAUGUCCACUGUGUAUUCAGGCGAGCACUCAUUCAGUCGGCCAGCUACUCACGACACUGGUGUGUUCUGUAUGGACGACCUUGACAUGAUGACGCACGGUGAUCGGUCAGCGUUCUUAUCGGACGAUGACGAUGAAGAUGACGAUCCGAGUACUGACAACAGUUUCCAAGGUUCUCAGGUAGGACUGGCCAUGGCUGGUGCUGCCAGUAGAUCUACUAUACCACAGCACACAGAUAAUGAUGGUACGUGGAUUCUUGGCAAGUCGGCACCAGUUCAAAUGCCCGGUCGACCGGCACGCUUUACCAGUGGUGGAGCAGUUCGCGAUGACGGCCUCACCCCGUCCUUUGAAGACAUUGGCAAUUCCAUCAAGGCAAUAGCGCAGAGUGUGCAGGACCAGAGCACUUUGCUGUUCGGCGAGCUGCCACGGCCCCGCACAGCAACGUCGUUCAUUGAUACCGUAUCAUGAUCAGGUAGGUGACUUAUCUCCAGCUGGAAUCGUCGCGGUCUGUUUUUACUCUCCAUCUAGGGCGCGCUGGUAUCCUUAUUUUCUGCCUCCUCUCUCCCUCUCUUUGUGAAAAAGUGAAAUCCACCUUCCUGGAUUCCACGCAUCGCUUUGUCAGUGCACCAUUGGCUGACAGCAGGCAUUGUUCUGUUGUAGUUUGUUGCAAUCACUUUGUUGUCCAAGAACUAGUUUUAACCACAGGGGCUGGUAUCCAUUUGUUUUAUUAUUCUCUUGCGUAUCUGCGGUUGAGUGCUCGGCCUUCUCAGAAUGCAGGGUGCACCGUGCACGACCGCCUAGUGUGUUGUCGGUCGGUGUUAUCGUAGACCCAGGCUUCGCUCUCACUGCCAUAGAGCAGUGCUCACCAAUUUCACUGGACACUGGCUGUUGCUGAGCCUCUUCUUUUUUUCCUCCACGGACAUAUCACUAUGGAUAAUUGACACUGGCAUAGAUUGCCGUGUUUGGUCACUGUUCACACUGCGUCUCAAUGAUAGAUUUCCGGCACUGUUUUUUUGUUGUGAUAUAUGUGUUAGACUUCACUUGCCACUAUUAUCUAUACUAACCCCCACCCCCCUCUCCAUUGUACGCGAUGAGUCACUGGUAUGUCACGGUUGCAUUUUUAUUUGCGAGGAAAACAAGCAUUGAAGCCUACUAAUAACUGAUCUUUGCAGUGCAUAUGCGUUUAGGUGUGUGACAUUACUAGUAUGCCAGCCGUAUACUGUGUAUGGAUUGGCUAUACACUCGUAUCUCUCAGUCUUACAAGUAAGGUGGAACAGAAUUUUGUAAUUCCGA